GGUUUAUUAUGCGAAAUCAGUUGCGAGCGACUACAUUUGCCAUUAUCUCAUAAUAAUCCUCACUCUGCAUGUGUGUCUGUGUGUAUAUGCUCCGGCCUCUAUGCGCUCGUGUGUUUGUGGGUAAUGAGUAAACAUUACGAUUUUUUCGACUAAAUGCGAGAUAAAAAGUCUAUAUAAUAAAUUGUGAUAUAAUCGAUUCGACUAGUGUUUAUUGAGUGUUCGGCGCGCGAAGAAGAUGUCCGGAAAACUGCUGAAAAUUGGAUUCAUCGGGGGCGGAAAGAUGGCCCAGGCGAUGGCCAAAGGGUUCAUAUCCGCUGGGUUGUCCAAGGGCGAAAGCAUGAUUGCAAGUUGUCAUCCAAGCGAUUUGGCUUCUCACGCCGCUUUCAAAGAUUUGGGUGCGGAAUCGAUCUUCGAAAAUGUACCGGUCGUGCAGAAGUCGGACGUGGUAAUAAUCUCCGUUAAGCCGCAAGUAGUUCCGACGGCUUUGGGCGAUAUCAAGAAGGCGCAAGGGGUGAACGCGAACAAACUCUUCCUCUCUAUUGCCAUGGGAAUCACCAUCAAGCAGCUCGAGCAGUUUCUUCCCGGCGAGUCUAGAGUGGUGAGGGUGAUGCCCAACACUCCGGCCUUGGUUCGUAGCGGAGCUUCCGUCUUCGUCUGCGGCCAGAAGGCAACAGAAGAUGAUGCUUCGAUCACCAAGAAGUUGCUGGAAUCCAUCGGAACUUGCGAGCAGGUUACAGAGAAUCUCUUGGAUCCGAUCACAGCUCUCAGCGGAUCAGGACCGGCUUACAUUUACAUAAUGAUUGAGGCGUUGGCCGAUGGCGGUGUGAAAAUGGGUCUUCCUCGUGAUCUCGCAUACAGACUGGCCUCGCAGACCGUCCUUGGCGCCGGACAAAUGGUCAGAGACACGAAGAUACACCCAGGUGUGCUGAAAGACGACGUGACUUCUCCUGCUGGUAGCACGGCAGCUGGACUGCACUUCUUGGAGCAGAAAGGUUUCAGAUCCGCACUGAUUGGAGCCAUCGAGACGGCCACGAAGAGAUGUCGCGAAGUUUCCCAGGCGGACGCCACCAAAUGAGACUACUUAUUUAUUCUUACCUGCUAGUUCAUAGUUAGAUAGUUUUUGUUUUUUCGAAUAACUUUUAGUCCAAUUGUUUUUUUUUUACAAAAAGAAUAUGUGAU